AUGGCAGCGAUGAACCCAGAAUAUUAUUGCACAAUGGAUAGUGCAUGUGAAGCACAGGAAUAUGAUAAAUGUGCCGUAUUGUUACUACUUGUAAUUUGCGACUACCUCUUCAAACUUCUUCUUAUCGGAGAUUCUGGAGUUGGAAAAUCUUGUCUUCUGCUACGAUUCGCAGAUGAUACCUAUACCGAGUCAUACAUUUCUACCAUUGGUGUAGAUUUUAAGAUUCGUACAAUUGAACUGGAUGGCAAAACUAUCAAACUGCAAAUUUGGGACACCGCAGGACAAGAACGCUUCCGUACGAUCACUUCUAGCUACUAUCGUGGUGCACAUGGCAUAAUUGUUGUCUAUGAUAUUACGGAUCAGGAGUCGUUCAACAAUGUCAAGCAGUGGCUGCAGGAAAUUGACCGAUACGCUUGCGAGAAUGUUAACAAACUAUUGGUUGGAAACAAAUGUGAUUUGACUGCAAAAAGGGCUGUUGAGACACAGGCAGCUAAAGAUUAUGCGGAUCAGCUUGGAAUUCCGUUCUUGGAGACAUCAGCUAAGUCUUCUACGAACGUUGAACAGGCUUUCUUGACUAUGGCAUCGGAGAUUAAAUCACGCAUGGGACCCGUGCAAGGUGCUGGUGGAGCGCCAGCUGUACGUAUUACCGGUUCUCAACCGGUACAGGACAAGAAGAGCGGUGGAUGUUGCUGA